AUGUGGUUUCAACGGUCCAGAUCCAAAUGGUUGGUUGACGGAGAUCAGAAUACUAAGUAUUAUCACAUUAAACCAACCCAAAGAAUAAGAAGUAAUCAAAUUACUUUGAUAAAGGAUGCUAAUGGUUUAUGGACCGAUAAAGCCGAGAAAAUUGGCAAACUUUUCAAAGACUUCUAUCAGGACCUUUUCACCAAGGAUCUUGACACAUACCAGUGGUUAGAUACUGUCAACAAGUUUCCCAAUUUGAGCGCAGAAGUUAUGGCGAAGCUUAAUAGUCCAAUUGAUAACGGUGAAGUGAAGAAAGCUCUCUUCAAUAUGGCUCCUUGGAAGGCUCCUGACCCAGAUAGUUUUCCGGCGGGGUUUUUUCAAAAAUCAUGGUCAAUGAUGGGUGAUAAUAUGUGCAAUUUUAUUCAGAAGUUGUGGAACAAUCCAGCCAGCAUUAAAGAGGUCAACCAAACUGAGCUAAUUUUUAUCCCCAAAGUCAAUCUCCCUACUCAGGUGCUGGAUAAGUUCUGCAAUACCUCUGGUCAACGAGUCAGCAAUGAGAAAACCAGGGUGUUAUUUUAUAAAAAUACUCCAAAGCAUAGCAGACGAGAGCUUAUUGGUAUCUCAGGCUUCAAAGAGGCAAAUGAGCUGGGGAAGUGCUUGGGGAUGCCCAUCACUGGGAGAAGCCCGAAAUCAAAAGAUUUUAACCAUAUUCUGGAAAACAUCAGGAACAAACUAUCAACUGGAAUGCUAGUAAUUUAUCUUUUGCAGAAGUGUAUCAAAGAGAUUCACAAAAUUCAGAGAAACUUCAAUUGGGGCCAUAAAGACGAAGAGAAGCAUAUCCAUGGAGUAAACUGGAAAACUAUCAUGCAUAUGAAGCAAGUCGGAGGUUUGGGAUUUUGCAACCUAAAUUUCAUGAACAAAGCUUGUCUCUCUAAGCUGGUUUGGAAGCUUAUGUCAGGUGAAAACAACCUUUGGAGCCAGGUCGUAAAAGCUAAAUAUGAUAGAGAGAACAAUAAUCUUGUUACUGUUAGCGCAAAGCCUAAUGAUUCAGGUUUGUGGAAACAAAUUGACAACAUUUGGCCAGUGCUGCAAGAGAUGGCAUACUGGGAUAUUGGUAAUGGUAACAGUGUUAGCAUCUGGAAAGACUGUUGGUUGAAGUCUGGGCACCUCAUCAACAUGGAGGAAAUCAACAGUAGUGCUCUGCAGCUGGUAAAAGUCUCUGAUCUGGUCGACAUCAAUAAAGAGUGGAACUUAAGUUUGCUUCAUAGUUUCCUUGACAUGGAAACAAUUGAGGAAAUUACGGCUAUUCACCCUCCCAGAGAUUAUCAUGGCGAAGAUGCUUGCCUUUGGAAAGGCACUGCUAAUGGAUUUUUCACAAUAUCCAAUGCUUAUAACCACACGUGUAAUGUUACACAGGAUGGAGGUAACACUAAAUCCUGGAAGCAAAUUUGGAGAUCGAAAGUUCCUGAAAGAAUCUGA